AUGAAGUUUGGGAAGAGGCUGAAGCAUCAAAUGCAAGAGACUUUGCCGAGCUGGCGUGACAAGUUCUUGUCAUACAAGGACUUGAAGAAGCUUGUGAGGUUGAUAUCUUCUGCUCCGGCGGUGUUGAAUGGCAAGUCCGGGAAGGCGGAGGCUGAGUUUGUUUACCUGUUGAACAAUGAGAUUGACAAGUUCAAUGCCUUCUUCAUGGAGCAGGAGGAGGACUUCAUCAUCCGGAAUAAGGAAUUACAGCAGAGAAUAAAAAAGGUAACUGAUACAUGGGGACCAAACGGUAGUCAGCCUUCAGAGACUAUAUAUCAAGAUGAAGUCGGAAAAAUAAGAAAAGACAUUGUUGAUUUUCACGGCGAAAUGGUGCUCUUGGUCAACUACAGCAAUAUCAAUUACACAGGAUUGGCCAAAAUACUGAAGAAGUAUGACAAGAGAACAGGAGCUCUGCUGCGAUUGCCAUUCAUCCAAAAAAUAAUAGAGCAGCCCUUCUUCACCACUGAUCUUAUCUCAAAGCUUGUCAAGGAAUGUGAAGGCACCAUCGAUGCAGUUUUCCCAGUGGAUGAAGAAGAGGAGAGGAAAAGAGAAGUGAAGGACGCGAUAACAGUUGCCGGGGAAGGAAUAUUCAGAAACACAGUUGCAGCUCUAUUGACAAUGCAAGAAAUCAGGAGAGGAAGCUCUACUUACAGUCAGUUUUCUCUACCACCAAUCGACUUGCCUGCAGAGUCGGAUCUCAUCCAGUUAGUCCAACUCAACCCUCCCAUAGCAAUAGUCUAA